CUUGUGUUGUUGUUUUUUUUGUUCCGCUUCAAAGAUGGCGUCCGUUGUUUUGAAGGUUGCAGUUGCAGGUCUUUCCACAUGUUCUCGACUCACAUCCCUGAGAUUUCAUUCGACCACAGCAUCCCUCCAUCAGAACAUCCCGGGGUCCCUGUGGAAUCUAGGCAGACUCAACCAUAUUGCCAUUGCUGUCCCAGACAUGGACAAGGCCACGUCUUUAUAUCGAGAUGUUCUCGGCGCCAAAGUGAGCGAAAAGGUGCCGUUACCCGAACAUGGUGUCUACACCGUGUUCGUGGAGCUCGGCAACACAAAGCUGGAGCUUCUCCAUCCUCUCGGCGAGAAGAGCCCAAUUGCUGGAUUUUUACAGAAGAACAAGUCCGGUGGGAUGCACCAUAUUUGUAUUGAGGUCGAUGACAUCCAUGCUGCAAUCAGAGACCUGAAAGCAAAGAACAUCAGAACUCUGUCAGCAGAGCCGCGUGUAGGAGCUCACGGCAAACCGGUGAUGUUUCUUCAUCCCAAAGACUGCGAUGGUGUGCUGGUAGAGCUGGAAGAGGCAUGAAGAAGACGGGAGCACUUCUAUUUCUUGACGUGUUCUGCGGUUGUCACUUCAUUUCCUGUUUGAGUUUUUCCAUAAAGUUACGUGUUGAAGU